ACAGAUGUUUCCACAUGUUUUUCCCCUCAGGAGGCGGGGCCGAGCAUCAAGCGCACCAAGAUGAGUGACGACAGCGGGCUGGACAUGGACAACGCGGCUGAGAACGGGGGCGGGGACUCCAUGAUCGACGCAGGGGCCAGUGAGAUAGAGCUGGUGUUUCGGCCUCACCCCACCCUGAUGGAGAAGGACGACACUCACAACAGAGUUUUAACACAACAGGAUAUAUCCAUCACCAGUGCAACUUUGGCCUCGAUCAGUAACGCCACGGUGGAUCACCUCUCCAAGUACCUGGCGGUGCGGCUCGCCCUGGAGGAGCUGAGGAGAAACUCUGAGGCCAGUCCGGUUAAUGUGGAGGCAGCCUCAGAGAAACAGUACACCAUCUACAUCCCCACAGCGGGAAACCAGUACACCGUUCUGAAUGGUUCGUUCUCCUUGGAGCUGGUCAGCGAAAAGUAUUGGAAAGUCAACAAGCCCAUGGAACUGUACUUUGCCCCCACAAAAGAGCACAAGUAA